AUGGUACAAUCACGACGUCAUGGAGGCGGGGAGAAGAAGAGUCGCUUCGGUCGCUCCAAGGCAGAUGCGGAUGUGGGCGAUGGGCGACGAGCGGGGGGAAAGCCCCAAGUCAAGAAGGCUGUUUUCGAAAGCACAAAGAAGAAGGAGAUUGGUGUUUCAGACUUGACCCUACUCAGUAAAAUCUCCAAUGAGGCUAUUAACGAUAACCUGAAACUUCGAUUCGAACAUGGCGAGAUCUACACUUACAUCGGGCAUGUCUUGGUGUCUGUCAACCCGUUUCAAGAUUUGGGCAUCUACACCGACCAGGUCCUCGAAUCAUACCGUGGAAAGAAUCGACUCGAAGUCCCCCCCCAUGUCUUCGCGGUGGCAGAGUCCGCCUACUAUAACAUGAAAUCCUACAAAGACAACCAGUGUGUGAUCAUUUCGGGAGAAUCAGGUGCUGGAAAAACCGAGGCUGCAAAGCGUAUUAUGCAAUACAUUGCUAGUGUCUCAGGGGGCAGUGAUUCAUCUAUUCAACAUACCAAGGACAUGGUUCUGGCUACCAACCCGUUGCUCGAGUCAUUCGGAAACGCAAAGACCCUGCGAAACAACAACUCCUCGCGAUUCGGAAAAUACCUGGAAUUGGAGUUCAAUGCCAACGGCGAGCCCGUGGGUGCUCACAUCACCAACUACCUUCUUGAGAAGUCUAGAGUUGUGGGGCAGAUUACCAACGAGCGGAACUUCCAUAUCUUCUACCAGUUCGCAAAAGCAGCGCCGCAGAAGUAUAGAGAUAUGUUCGGUUUGCAACAACCUCAAUCGUACGUCUACACUAGCCGAUCGAAAUGUUUCGAUGUACCGGGCGUCGAUGAUGCUGCCGAGUUCAAUGAUACCCUCAAUGCGAUGAACGUUAUCGGGAUGACGGAGCCAGAGCAAGACGAUGUUUUCCGAAUGCUGGCUGCUAUUCUGUGGAUAGGAAACAUUGUUUUCGAGGAGGAUGACUCCGGUAACGCCGCUAUCAAAGACCAGUCGGUCGUUGAUUUUGUGGCCUAUUUGCUUGAGGUUGAUCCCGCCCAAGUCAACCAAGCCAUGACCAUCCGUAUAAUGGAGACCGCUCGUGGGGGCCGCAGAGGAUCUGUCUACGAAGUUCCGCUGAACACGACUCAAGCGGUUGCUGUCCGCGAUGCGUUGUCCAAGGCAAUUUAUUUCAACCUUUUCGACUGGAUUGUGGAGCGCGUCAAUUCCUCUUUGACUGCUAGGAGCGCUGCCACAAACAAUAUCGGAAUUCUGGAUAUCUACGGGUUUGAGAUUUUUGAAAAGAACUCGUUUGAGCAGCUUUGUAUUAACUAUGUCAACGAGAAGCUGCAGCAGAUUUUCAUCCAGUUGACUUUGAAGGCCGAGCAAGAUGAAUACGCCCGCGAGCAGAUUCAAUGGACUCCGAUCAAGUAUUUCGACAACAAGGUGGUGUGCUCAUUGAUUGAAGACAAGCGCCCGCCUGGUGUGUUUGCGGCCCUGAAUGAUGCCUGUGCAACUGCACACGCCGAUUCUGGUGCGGCAGACAACACCUUUGUUGGCAGACUCAAUUUCCUUGGCCAGAACCCCAAUUUCGAAAGCCGCCAGGGCCAGUUCAUUGUCAAGCACUAUGCUGGUGACGUCAGCUACGCAGUUGAAGGAAUGACAGACAAGAACAAGGAUCAAUUGUUGAAAGACUUGUUGAACCUUGCCGGAUCUAGUGCCAAUCCAUUUGUCCACACGCUUUUCCCCAACCAGGUGAACCAGGAUGACAAGAGACGCCCACCCACUGCCGGUGAUAAGAUCAAGGCCUCUGCGAAUGAUUUGGUAGCCACUUUGAUGAAGGCACAGCCAUCGUACAUCAGAACCAUCAAGCCCAACGACAACAAGGCGCCCAAGGAGUACAACGUUGGAAACGUCCUGCACCAGAUCAAAUAUCUGGGUCUCCAGGAGAACGUCCGCAUUCGUCGUGCCGGUUUUGCCUACCGUCAGACCUUUGACAAAUUCGUGGAGCGUUUCUACCUUUUGUCGCCGAAGACCUCCUAUGCCGGUGACUAUACAUGGACAGGAGACGCUGAGACUGGAGCCCGCCAGAUUUUGAAGGACACCAGCAUCCCUACGGAAGAGUACCAGAUGGGUAUUUCGAAGGUCUUCGUCAAGACACCUGAGACGCUUUUCGCCCUCGAGGCCAUGCGCGAUCGUUACUGGCACAACAUGGCCAUCCGAAUCCAGCGAGCGUGGCGAAACUAUCUCCGCUACCGCACAGAAUGUGCCAUUCGCAUCCAGCGUUUCUGGCGCCGUGCCACUGGUGGAAUUGAAUUGAUCAAGGUGCGAGACCAAGGUCAUAAGUUGCUACAGGGCCGCAAGGAGCGUCGCAGAAUGAGUUUGCUUGGAUCUCGUCGGUUCCUUGGAGACUAUCUCGGCAUUGGCAACAAGGGCGGCCCUGGAGAAAUGAUCCGAAACGGUGCAGGCAUCAAUGGAUCUGAGGAUGUUCUUUUUUCUUGCCGUGGCGAUGUUUUGAUUUCCAAAUUUGGCCGAUCCAGCAAGCCAUCUCCUCGGAUGAUUGUCUUGACGAAUCGACAUGUGUACAUCGUGGCACAAACCCUUGUCAACAACCAGUUGGUCAUCGCGUCCGAGCGAACAAUCCCCAUUGGAGCGAUCAAAUCCGUCAGCACAUCCAACUUGAAGGAUGACUGGUUCUCACUCCUGGUUGGCAGUCCCCAGGAGCCGGAUCCUCUCAUCUCCUGUAUUUUCAAGACGGAGUUCUUCACUCAUCUCAGCACUGCCUUGCGCGGGUUGAAUUUGAAGAUAGCAGACCACAUCGAAUACAACAAAAAGCCAGGCAAGCUGGCUACAGUCAAGGUUGUCAAGGAUCCGGCUGUUCCACGAGACGAUUCCUACAAGAGUGGUACAAUUCACACUGGAGCUGGCGAGCCUGCCACGUCGGUCUCGAAGCCCACUCCGAAGGGGAAGCAAGUCACUGCCAGACCCGUCACUAAAGGAAAGCUGCUUCGUCCUGGUGGCCCUGGAGGCGGACCCUCGAAGCUGGCAUCUAGGCCGGCUCCUGCGGCUCGACCUCUGCCAACGUCAACACCACAACCCGCUGCCAUGCAACCACCGCCGGCACCCCAGCCGGCGGCACAGCGCAGGCCGGUCCCCCAGCCUGUUCCCCAGCCUGUUGCUUCUGCUGCUGCCUCCCACUCACGGAACGUUUCGUCGGGCUCCAUGAGGGCGCCACCGCCGCCACCCCCGGCAAGUCCUCCGGCGCCCAAGAAAGCGACCGCCAAGGUCUUGUACGACUUUAACAGUGACCGCUCGAACGAGCUGUCCAUCCGAGCGGGUGAUAUCGUGCAGAUUAUGUCCAAGGAAGGAAAUGGGUGGUGGUUGUGCAUGAACCCAACAAGCUCGAUUCAGGGCUGGACGCCCGAAGCAUACCUCGAAGAACAAGUCGCUCCUACACCCAAGCCCGCACCGCCACCUCCACCACCGGCUGCCCCUCGAUCGACACCUAGCCCGGUGCCAAAUGGAGCAGUGGCUGCAGCGGCAGCCAAGGCCAAACCGGCCCCGCCGGCACCACCAGCCAAGAGACCUAACAUGGCAGGUCGGAAGCCAGCCCCUCCGCCAGCCCCUCGUGACAGUGCAGUGAGCAUGAACUCGCAGGACUCGCCUGGUGGCAGUGGACGGGGCACACCAAACAGUUCAUCGAACGCAAGUCUAGCUGGUGGACUUGCAGAGGCACUGAAGGCACGCCAAAUGGCGAUGCAGGGGAAGCACGAUGACGACGACGAGUGGUGA